AAUGAAAUAAUAUUAGAAUAAAUAAAUUUGUUACAGUUCGAUACUAUAUUCGAGAGUUCUCUUUAAUUUCGAUAUCAAGCAUAGCCAACAUUAUAACCUAAAAUGCCUCCUAUUUUUCAAGUGCAGUGAGUCUAUUGGUGACCAAGACUAUCAAAAACAAAACAUAUUAAAUAAAAUUUGAGUGUGGAUGAAUAAGAUCAAGUAGCGAAUUUACUGUAGUUAUAUAAUAAGCCUCAAUGGAAUCUAUCACUUCAGAACAGCUUAGUCAGUAUGAAAAAAUAAUGGAGCAGAUCAGCAAUGAGCUCAAAAAAUCAGAUGAACUCAGAAAACAACUAGAAAAAGAAAAUGACCGAAUCAUCCUCUAUAACUUAAUAAAACAGAGGGUCAGUCAGAAACUGUCCUCAACUAGCCUUAAAAUUUUUCAUAAUAUUGUCCAUUUACUCUCCUUAUAUGAAGAUGAAAUACAAAUGGACAUUGGAGACCUCUUAACUUGUCAGAACUGUAAAUAUUAUCUAAUUGAAGUGUACAUCGCAAAAGCACUAUUCCAGAAGUUGAAAGAUAUGAAUUGUAUUAUUAGUAUAUCUCUGAAAAUUGGAGAUAAAUGCAUAAAUAAAUCUGUGAAUAUUCCAAAGACAUUACCUUUGGUUGAAAUUAUAAUUGUAGAUGACAAUGUUGUUGAAAGUAUUCUAGAAACGUGCAUCAUUUUUCCAGAUGAGCGUUGGAUGACCAUUAAACUUGAAACAAUAAAUGUUGAUAUAUCCUACCACUUCCAAAAACCGAACAAGACUAGCUUGAAUACCAAAAUCAACAAAAUUCUACAGCUAUCAAAAAGGUACAAUGAACUUUUGGAUUUCAAAUGUUUUAAAGAUGAAAUGCAGUUGGAAUAUGAGUUCAGAUGCAAGAUAGAUCCAAGUGAAUUUCUAGAAGCCAUCUUGAAGAACUCGUAUCAUAAUUUGAGUAUUGAUCAUUUCACAGGGUUGAAUACUGAUGAUUCAAAUGAUUUUUUAAUAGAACUAUCACAUGGUUCUGGUCGACAUGAAUUCAGAUAUGAUAAAAAUAAUAAAUUACAGGUGAAAAGUAAUUUACAAGAUCUUCAAAAAUUAAAAGUACACAUAUAUACAGUUUUUCAUAAAGAAGCAGUGAUGCAUUGGAAACUAGCAGAACUUACUGAGCUAAAAGAAAAAAUCCCACUAAUUAUUGGAGAAGUCCGAAGCUUCUACACUAAUAUGAGGAAAUGCUGGUGGUCAAAUUUACCAGUUUGACUUGUUGUCUGCUGAUGAUUUUCUGGUAUGUUACCAUGUUUAAGAUUAAACACUGUUUUUAUAUUGGGAGUUAUUAUCAUUUCAAUUUGAGAAUUAACAUAAAUGAUUAGAUAUAUGAAUAAAUGGUUCUUCUGAAGAAACAUA